UCGUCAGUAUCGCGAGAGACCAUGCUGGAGCGUUCUAUCGUUUGCCGUUGGUCUCCCAAAAGCAGAGCUAGGAGUGUUUGUGGUUAGGAGAAUUUUGUAAAAAUAAUAAAUACUUGUAAUUAUUUAUACUAUUUAGAAUUUCAAAAAUUUUAGUACCAGAGCCGCGGAAAGGAUGUCAGAGACUGAUCCAAAAUCAGUGCAGGAUCUCACAGGUGUGGUUCAGACAUUGCUUCAGCAGAUGCAGGACAAGUUCCAAACCAUGUCAGACCAGAUCAUUGGAAGAAUUGAUGAGAUGAGCACUCGUAUUGAUGACUUGGAAAAGAAUAUUGCAGACCUAAUGACACAGGCAGGUGUGGAAGAGAUCGAGGGAGGAGAAAACAAGGUUGCCAAAUAAUACACCAUUGCUACUGAAUGACUUUCUACAAGAUCACAAGACUUCUUUUUUUCUUUUUUCAAAUUGCUAUGUGUAAAGCAUUUUUUAUAUUAAUUCUUGUAAUAAUGGUUGCAUUCCUGACACAUUGACUGUACAUUUAGAAUUUAACAUUUUUUCUUAAUAUUUUACAGAGCUUAUUAUAGUUAUACAAUUGUAAACUUCUUAAAGUUAAAGUAGUAAGUAUUAACACACUACCAAAAUGCCAAGUGGAUAUGUUUCCAUUUAGUUAAAUAAAGUUUGUUCCAAAGCUAUA